CCCCGGCUCGGAAAACUUGGCAGCUUCUCCCGCGACUCCCAUCACCUCCGUCGGUACGGGGAAGGCUUUUCUCCCCAAUGAGGAGACCUUCUGCCGCCCCCCCACCCUGAGGCGGCCGCCUGGAGCGCCCAGGUUCAAGGACUCGGCGCGCACCGCGCGUUUCCGUCGGAAACCUCAGUUCCCCACAGCCCAGCCGGGGGCGGGGCCCCCGGCGGCGGCCGUUGCCCCGCCCAACCGCCUCCCAACGGCUCCCUCCGCCGGGGGUGGGCGGUGGACCUGUGCGCAUGCGCGCGCAUGCGUGAGGGUGCGGGGCGGGGCUCGCGCGCGGCCCCGCCCAGGCCCGGCGUCUCCACCCGCCCCAUCUCCCAACCUCCUCAGCGUGGCGCCGACGCUGCGUGCGGCGCGGGUUACCCAGAGUGCUCCGCGCGGGGGCAGCUCACUGGAGUUUGGUUCUCGAGGCGGCGGCAGCAGCGGCGGCGGCUCCGGUGGCUCCUCCUCCUCCUCUGGUGGCGGUGGCGCCCCGGGCCCGAGCCCCGGCUCCCCUCUCCGCCACCCCGCGCGCCCCCUCCUCCCCCGGCGCCGCGGGGAACAUGAGGCUCCGCUCCCGGAGGCCGGCGAGUGAGUGACCCCCGUCCCCCGCCUCAGCCCGCCCGCCCGCUGGCCCGGCCGCUCCCCCCCGCCUCGCCCAGGCAAUGACAGCGGCUCCGGCGUCUCCGCAGCAGAUCAGGGACCGGCUGCUGCAGGCCAUCGACCCCCAGAGCAACGGAUUGUUGGCAGUAGGGGUCAUUUUCCCCUGUGGCAGGAGCAGGUUGAGCAAUAGGAAGAUGUUGUGGCAUCCAGGUAUGAAGUGAGCCCCUGCAUUUGCUGGGAGACCAGGAAGUGGCCAUUGAGAUCACUUUUUAAUAUGCUGGGAUCGAAGAAAAAAAUUGUCUUGGGCCAGAUCCGGAACAUGGUGGCGGUGCUGGAAGUCAUCUCCAGCCUGGAGAAAUACCCCAUUACCAAAGAGGCACUGGAGGAAACUCGACUUGGGAAGCUCAUCAACGACGUCCGCAAGAAAACGAAGAACGAGGAGCUCGCCAAGCGGGCCAAGAAGCUGCUGCGGAGCUGGCAGAAGCUCAUCGAGCCCGUGCACCAGAAUGAGGCGGCGCUGCGAGGGCUGGCGGGCAGCACCGGCUCUGCCAACGGGGGCGCUCACAACUGCCGGCCGGAGGGGGGAGCGGCCGGCGCGCCCAAGAGCAUCCAUGAGCUGAAGAACCGCAAUGACAUCCAGAGGCUGCCUGGACAGCGGCUGGACAGGCUGGGUAGCCGCAAGCGCCGGGGAGAUCAGCGUGACCUCGGCCACCCUGGGCCACCUCCCAAGGUCUCCAAAGCCAGCCAUGACUCCCUGGUACCCAACUCAUCCCCCCUCCCCACCAACGGGAUCGGCGGGAGCCCCGAGAGCUUCCCUGGCGCCCUGGACGGCAGCGGGCACGCGGGCCCCGAGGGCAGCCGCCUGGAGCACGGCGACAGCGACAAGCACAGCGGCAAGAUUCCCGUGAAUGCUGUGCGGCCGCACACCAGCUCCCCGGGCCUGGGCAAGCCCCCGGGCCCCUGCUUGCAGACAAAGGCUGCGGUGCUACAGCAGCUGGACCGGGUGGACGAGACUCCGGGGCCCCCCCACCCCAAGGGGCCGCCUCGCUGCUCUCUCAGUCCCCGGAACUCACGGCACGAGGGCUCCUUUGCCCGGCAGCGGAGCCCGUACACCCCCAAGGGCUCCCUGGCCAGCCCCUCUCCACGGCCCCAGGCGCUUGAGGCCACGCAGGUGCCAUCGCCGCUUCCCCCGGCUCGGCCGUCCACACCACCCGUCAGGCGGCUCGAGCUGCUGCCCAGUGCCGAGAGCCCGGUGCGCUGGCUGGAGCAGCCGGAGGGCCACCAGCGGCUGGCAGGGCAGGGCUGCAAGGGGGGGCUGCCCCCGGCCGAGCCCCUCCUUCCCCGGGCGGGCUUUUCCCCGGACUCCUCCAAGGCGGACAGCGACGCCGCCUCGUCUGGUGGCUCGGACAGCAAAAAGAAGAAGAGGUACCGGCCUCGUGACUACACGGUGAACUUGGAUGGGCAGGUGGCGGAGGCGGGUGUCAAGCCCGUCCGGUUAAAAGAGCGGAAGCUCACCUUUGACCCCAUGACCAGACAGAUCAAACCUCUGACCCAGAAAGAGCCAGUGCGGGCUGACAGCCCCGUGCACACAGAGCAGCCCAGGACAGAGCUGGACAAGCCCGAGGCCAAGGCCAGCGUGCAGAGCCCUUUUGAACAGACGAACUGGAAGGAGCUGUCGCGCAACGAGAUCAUCCAGUCCUACCUGAGCCGGCAGAGCAGCCUGCUCUCGUCAUCAGGCGCCCAGACCCCAGGGGCUCACCACUUCAUGUCUGAGUACCUGAAGCAGGAGGAGAGCACCCGGCGCGGGGCCCGGAAGCCGCACGUGCUGGUGCCUCACAGCGCGCCCUCGGACCUCCCGGGGCUGAACCGCGAGGUCACGCAGGACGACCUGGACAGAAUCCAGGCCCACCAGUGGCCAGGGGUGAACGGGUGUCAGGACACACAGGGUAACUGGUAUGACUGGACGCAGUGCAUAUCGCUCGACCCGCAUGGGGACGACGGGCGGUUGAACAUUCUGCCUUAUGUCUGCUUGGACUGAGCAGCCUGUCGGCCUCUAAGUGCAUUCCCACCUUGCAGUUGGCGUGGCAGCCGGGCAGCCUCCGGCGGUUGGGAAUCCGGGGAGCCCGGGCCGGGCCGGGAGGGAGGGGGCGGGAGUCUCGAGGCCUCUCCGUGCUCUUCCCUCAAAAUUCUCCUUCUUUUGUGAAAUGCUGCUACCAGUUUACUAACAAAAUUGCAAAGGAAGGACCGUGUGGAAGGAAGGCCGGCACAGUGAGUUCAGAACUCUAUAGCAAACCAGCUAUAAAAAGCGUUAGUUCCCCACCCCGGAAGAGGUGCGGACACUUCCCAGCACCCGUGAGCUGGGACCUCAGUGGCAGGCAGGCACAGACAACCUGGGGGAGAGGUUACCUUUAAACAGCAACAGAAGCACGCAGCUCAUCUCUCUGCAUUUUCCUUGUUUAAAUUUGGCCCUGAGUGUCUGAGGCAGGGGCUGUGCCCACACCUCGGCCUCUGCGCGCACCCCGGCUGGCCAGCCAGUACGCCCUGCGCUCCGUGGGCAUCCACACGUUCUCAUCUGGUUUCGGUUAAAACCCAGUUUUGAAAAAAAUGCUGCAAAAAUCUAAGUUUUCUAGUUUAUUUUAUCCCCCUCUUCCAUUGACCACCAGCCAAGUAAUUUUCCUUUCUACCUUUUCAAAGUUUCCCCCUCCCCUUCCUGCACAUAUCUUGAAAAUCUCACCUUUCUAGAGUCCCCUCCCAAAAAACACAAAAGUAACCGCGGGUGCUACUGGUGUGUAAGCUGUAUUGUUGGGCAAGAGGAGACCUGUCUGUACGCUGGAAACACUCAUAACCAUUCCUUUAGAUUCGUUUGCCUUAUGGUUAUUUGUCAUAAACGCGAUCUGCAAAAACAAGGAGCCUUAGUGAAUGUACAGUACCUAGACUUCUGUGUUCUCAAGACGCAGAAGGGAGCAACUUUGCUAUUUGGUCCAGUAAGUGGACACCUUGUGAUAUAAAUGUGGAAAUAAAAAAAAAAAAAACCAUUUGCACAAACCAGUCUCAGAAUCGUUACUAAUUUGGUCCCUUACAGUCAUAAUCAGCCUUUCGUGUCUGAGGUUUGGGCUCCAUUGCUGGACUGCAGGGAGGUGGGCAGGGCAAAGUGGCCAAGCCAGCCUAUUAGUGUUCUGCAUGAAAACUGACCUCCACCUGCCUUUCACUCAUUCAGGGCCAUGUUGCCUCUUCCGCCGCCGGGGUCACCUACUAGCUUUGGGUGACAGAGACUGAAGGUCCACAUGAAGGAACGUUACCCCAUCUGCCCCAGAGAAAGAAGCCCUCCAAAGGGGUUCCAUGUCCCAAGUCUUGGUAACCUGGUUUUACCCCACAAAGUAUCUAGCUUCUACAGGGCAUGGCCCAGAGCCACGCCUGGCACUGCAUCCCUUGGCUCUGGCCCCAGGCUGCUAGCUCCCCAUGCAGGCCUGGGGCUGUCUCAGUAUCUGAUAGGUGCUGUUUUUAAAAAAUAACUUUCUGCCUUGACUAUAAAAGUGAUAAUACUUCCUUCUCCCUCACCCCUGAAACCGUCAGCUAAGACUAUGGUUUUCAAAAUUUUUCAGUCCAGAAUAGGUCAUGUUGGAUGUACCUACUUCAUUUCACAGAUGAGGAAGCAGCUACCCCUUAAGAGGGACAGUCCUAGGAUACCUGGGUGGCUCAGUUGGUUAAACGUCCCAUAGGGCGAACCAGGGGGUCCAGAACCAUUGAGUCAGCCCAGAACCACAAUUUCAGAAGCAGCAGGGAUUUCUGACAUGGUGUUAGUGCAAGACACACCCACCCUAAGAUAAGGGCAGUGGAUGAAGUGGCUUUGAGGACAGGCUGAGGUUGGACUCUGGACCUGCCAUCUAUGAGCUGUAUGGCUCUAAGA